CGGCUGCUCGUCCUAGCCUGGCGGGGGCGGGGGUCUGGAGGAUGAGGGCGGGUGGAACAACGGGCCGGUGAGGAGCAGCCGCCGCCGUCUCCGCCGUCGCUUAGGCAUCCGCCACUGUGAUCGCUUCGGACAGCCACUCGCUCUCGGGCCGUCGCCUCCCAUCCCGACAUCCCGCCCGGAGGAGGCUGAGGUUGAAACGCGGCCGGUGGCAGGGGAACUGUCCGGCCCUGGAGCGGCGCGGGCGGCCGCAGUGACAGCCCAGCCCCGGCCCGCCGUCCGCCCUCGGUGCUUGCAGCCAAGAUGAACCGGGGCAGCAGCAGCCCGUCGGCCGCCGCCAACUACCUGCUCUGUACCAACUGCCGGAAAGUGCUGCGGAAGGAUAAAAGAAUCAGAGUAUCUCAGCCCUUGACAAGAGGACCAAGUGCCUUUAUUCCAGAGAAGGAAGUUGUCCAAGCCAACACAUUGGAUGAACGUACUAACUUUCUCGUGGAAGAAUACUCCACAUCCGGUCGCCUGGACAACAUCACCCAGGUCAUGAGUCUGCACACGCAGUACCUGGAGUCCUUCCUGAGGAGCCAGUUCUACAUGCUGCGCAUGGACGGCCCGCUUCCACUCCCGCACCGGCACUACAUCGCCAUCAUGGCUGCAGCUAGACAUCAGUGUUCUUACUUAAUAAACAUGCACGUGGAUGAAUUUUUAAAGACAGGAGGUAAUGCCGAGUGGUUGAAUGGUUUGGAAUAUGUACCACAAAGACUGAAAAAUCUUAAUGAAAUAAACAAGCUAUUAGCACACCGACCCUGGCUGAUCACAAAAGAGCACAUUCAGAAACUUGUCAAAACUGGAGAAAAUAAUUGGUCUCUGCCCGAACUGGUACAUGCUGUGGUCCUGCUGGCACAUUAUCAUGCUUUGGCAAGCUUUGUUUUUGGUAGUGGCAUCAAUCCAGAAAGAGAUCCAGAAAUCUCCAAUGGAUUCAGGCUAAUAUCAGUCAACAAUUUCUGCGUUUGUGAUCUCGCUAAUGACAACAACAUAGAGAAUGCGUCCCUUACAGGCAGCAACUUUGGGAUUGUCGAUUCUCUAAGUGAGCUAGAGGCCUUAAUGGAAAGGAUGAAAAGGCUUCAAGAAGAAAGGGAAGAUGAAGAGGCGUCUCAGGAAGAAAUGACCACUCGCUUUGAGAAGGAAAAGAAAGAAAGUCUUUUUGUGGUCUCUGGAGAUACUUUUCAUUCAUUUCCUCAUUCAGAUUUUGAGGACGACAUGGUUAUAACAUCUGAUGUCUCCCGAUAUAUCGAAGACCCUGGUUUUGGGUAUGAAGACUUUGCCAGACGAGGGGAGGAGCAUUUGCCAACAUUCCGAGCUCAGGACUAUACCUGGGAAAAUCACGGGUUCUCCCUGGUGAACCGACUUUAUUCCGACAUCGGCCACCUUCUUGACGAGAAGUUCCGCAUGGUCUAUAACCUCACCUAUAACACUAUGGCCACCCAUGAGGACGUCGACACGACCACGCUGCGCAGAGCUUUAUUUAAUUACGUCCACUGUAUGUUUGGAAUCAGGUAUGAUGACUAUGAUUAUGGAGAAGUUAAUCAGUUACUUGAACGAAGCCUGAAGGUUUACAUUAAGACAGUGACCUGCUAUCCUGAGAGGACUACGAAGCGCAUGUAUGACAGUUACUGGCGUCAAUUCAAACACUCAGAGAAGGUUCAUGUAAAUUUGCUUCUAAUGGAAGCACGGAUGCAGGCUGAGCUUCUCUACGCACUUCGCGCCAUAACACGGCAUUUGACCUGAAACAUCACCCGGGGAAGAUGUCAUGUGUGUGUAAAGACCUUUUCUCAUAGGAUAUCCAUCAGAAGCUGUUUGUGAUGUAGCAUCAAACAUUAUUCAAUUCUCUAGUGUCAAAGUUUAGCCGUUUUUGGGGGGCGGCUGUAAUGUGCAAUGAUGUGUUUUCGUUUUCUUGAUGCUUAACAUGACUAACAAUUUGCAAAAAUAAUCCUGAGGAGCACUACUUGGUAUUGGUGGUAGUUGGGUUUUUGGAUACUGAUCCUAAAUCAUGAACCUGGUUUAUUAAUGCUUAACUUCAGUGCUUUGGGGUUUAUGUGUAUGUGUAUUUUUGUUCUUUCCUUUUUUUUUUUUUUAAACAAGGACAAAGCGCUUACGAUCUGCUCAAGCAGUUGUUUAUCAGAUAUCAGAAUUCACCAAUGAAUGACCUCCUCUCGGCCAUUCUAAAAUGUUCACGUUGUGUCCUAAAUCUGGUGGAGGAGAAGCAUGCGCUGUUGAACGAAGCUGCUCACAGGGCACACGUCUGUGUCUUUAGGAGAUUAUUUGUCAGGCACUGUUUAGUAUUUUUGUUUAUUUGUCUGUUUGGGGUUUUUUUUUUUUUUACUGCUAUUGGCGAUAACAUGAAAUGUGAUACAGCCAUUGUCCAUAAUUUAAUGUGAAAGUAAUCAUGAUGAAUUCUAUAGCAUGCUACUGAAAUGCCAAAUUCAGCUAUUUUCUUUCACUCCUGAAACAAAAGUUUCCGUUUUCCAUAUCAAAUGUAUAUACGAAAAGUGGAAUUAAUGCACAAUCCUUUCUCUCAAGGACAGUAAUCCUCAGUCAUCGGAAAUAAUCAGAGCUCACAGUGCUGCUUACAGAUCAUUUAGUUGGCACAUAUAAACAUGUACCCACACGAGACUGACCAAAAAUUUUCUUUGCACAUGUUUCUUUUCUCAUAGUGUUUUCUAUAUUGCAGUAAGCAGAGGAAGGUUAAGAUACCUAUAUUUUUUUUUCCUCUUAGGCUAUUAGAACUUAUUUUCCAUGGUUUUUCUUAUGCUAGGUUAAGCAGUUUAUUAUUCAAAGGUAACAAUUGUUUCUAUGCAUUAAUGUGAUUGAACAACGACAGCAAAAGAGUGCAAUAUGUUUAAAAAAAAUACUCAACCAACUUUCCCCCAUUAUGUCACUGCAGAAGUGUCCUUUUUAAAACAGAGCCAUAAAGAAAUUGUGUUGGAAUUUCUUUAUUGCACAAGGCUUUCGCCUUCCUGGGGUUGAACCAUGUUCCUUUCGCAAUGCCAAAGCAUCCCCUUCCCCAGAAAAAAUCUCUUCGGACAACUGGUUAAAAAAAAAAAGAUCAGGUCUUUAAGGGAGGAAAAAGCAUUCAAAAAGUCACAUUUUUGCAUUGGUUUCUGUUGCUGGAUUAGACUAUCUUCACAGAGCACAACAUUAUGUGUUUAUAGCUUUAAUUUGUAUUAUGUUAAUGAACCAGUGAAGUGCCUAAAGAGAUGCUCACAGCUAUCCAGUAGGACACGACUGCACUGCUUAAACACUUUUUGGUUAAUUAAGGGUGACUUGAAUUUUACACAGACAUACUCAUUUUUUUUAAAAAAAAAAGGUCCCUUUCUCCAUAGUGAAUAAUAUAGUUAAACUUUUCUGCUGGAGUUCCCACAAAGAUUUCAUUUUAGACUGACUGACUUGUUACAUAGGACUUACUUUUUUUCUCUCAUGCAAGAAGUGUGGACUGGUGUUCGGUUCAGUCAUUUUUCCCCUUCCAUUCAUCAUCUUUUUCUGGUACAAUCCAUUCCUUUGCUUUCUUUUAGGUUUUGUUUCAGAUAAGAAAAUAGAAAGAUGACUGUAAACCUAUGACUGUGUGGUAGUUCUGCAUUUUUAGAUUCCAGGAUCUUGUUUAAAAUCUUCCAUGGGAGGAAAAAAAAAUGACUAAUAUUUUUAAAGACAGGGUGGUUUAUUUAAAAAGAUUAUUCAAUGAACCCAUGCCGGAUCUAUUCUGUCUUGUUUAUUGCAUAUGCCAUAUGUUGAUUUUAUUCCAUAUCACAUUAUAUAGAUAUGUAUUAGCUACAAAGAAAGUGUUUAGAAGAAUGGCAAAACAUGAAUGACAACAUGUAUAUCCAUUUGACUUUUCUAGUUUUAGAACUUUCAAGUGGAGGGUAUCCUUUAUCCUUGACAUGUGUUUUUUGUUUGUUUUGCUAGCAUUCUUUCAGUUAAUAGCCCUAGUUUUUGUGCAGGUGACCUGUAUUACAGGAUGAAAAGUGAUUUUUGUAUAUGGAAAAGGAGGAGAAAUUCUCACAGAACACCAUAUGAGCUUUAGACCAAAAGGGGAAAUAAGAUUUAAGUAACUAAAAUGGCCACUCAGUUUUUGUUUUUGUGUCCCCCCUCCCCGCCCCCCCCGCCCCAGAAAUGUAAGUAGUUGGAGUUUGAGUUGUGGAAAUAUUAGUGCCUUUACUAGAUCUCUUUCCUAGCAAAGUUUCUUUUUAGCUCAGCAUCGAUCUAUCUCAUCACUAAUCAGGAAAAUCGGUUGACUUGGAACGACAAACAAAAACAAAACAAUGUAUUUAUGAACCUCACUGAAUCAGCCUAGAAAAGAUUGACUUCUGAAGGCGCUAAUGCACCUGCCAAGAUGCAGCACGCGCAGCCUUCCAGGUUGGGAAUGCCAUUGUACAGCGAGUCUGCUGUGAGCUUCACUUAAUGCAAACUUGAAAUUCUGAUGCGGUUUUCCAGGGUGGUAUUUUUUCAGAGUAUUGAAUUUACUAUGUAGUAAUUUAUAGGAUAGCUUUUUAUAUUCAAAUGUGAUAUUUUUCAAAGAGAUACCUGGUUCAAUUGGUGUAACGAUGUGAUGAUACGAUACACUCACCCACCCCUUGGGCUCACAUUGUGCCAAAUUUAGAUGUGCACGUGGAUGUGAAAAAAAGCACAUGUGAAUGUGAAGUCUCUGACUCCGUUGCUUAUUAUUUUCACAUGAGUCUAAUAACCAAGUGAUACGGAUGCUUGAUUGAUGUCUCUUUUGAGUUGCAAGUUUUCCAACUUUAGUUGUAAUUCUUAAUUUCGCAGAUCACCUAAAGACUCUCCCCGCUGAAAGUAAAUCUUUAACCCAGUCCCCUGCCAGCGGGAGUGGCCAGGCGGGUCCCUCCUGGGAGCCUUCGGAUUAGGCUUCCUUAGAUGGACUCGUGACAGUUAGAGGAAGACAGGCUUUUGAGACAAAACAACGUAUUUACUUUCCUCACCUUUUUGAGCUAAGUAUAUUGUCUCAGUCUCAGGAAGAAUCUUUGUCCCAUUUGGGGUACUUUUUAAACUAAAAAUGGCUAAUAUGGGAUCUGGGGCAUGGCCUUGGCCUGUUAUUAUGGCUUUAAACCCAAGUAAUAAUGACAGAGCAACACAAGGCUGUCUUAGAACAGCAAACAGUGUAAAAUUGGUAUCAAAACUGUACUUGAACCAGAGUCCCUAUUUUAAUCGUGUUAUAAAGUCCCUUAAAGAUCUUAAAUGCUUCUAAAAACUAAUUAACAUAUUAUUUCUGAAAAAAAAAGUUUCCCAUCUUUAUAGAGUUUUUAAAUCAAAAAUCUUAGAUUUUUAUGCUGCAGAAAAAAUGAAAUUAUCAACCAACAAUUGAAGAGCUAUACUAAAAAAUAGUUCACCAUUUCAUGCAGAGUGCAUGCAUAUAUGAUGGUAAGAUUUCUUUUAAACUCUAAGGAUCAUUUGUUCGGGGAAAAGAACGAAUUUCAGUGCAAGUUGUAAAAAUGAUCUGCACUGUGCUGGCGACACGAGGUUUUUGUUUUGUUUUAUGUUGUGUUUUAAAGACAAUGAAUCAUUCCUCUGGAAAGCAAGACCUUAAACUCGUCUCUUUAUCUAAGGGGACUUUUUCUUCUUUUAUGCAAAUAAUCGGUCUUGCAUGGAGUAAAAAUUAUGCAACAAUACUGUUUAUAAAUAGUAUAUGAAAUUUGCUAAUAGUACAAUUGAACCGCAACCUGAAAGACAUGUGGCUCCUCUGUUCAGAUCAAGAUUUAAGUUGCCUGAUUUCGUACUCAGAACCUGUGGUGGCCAUCGUCAUAAACCACGUUUCCUGAUUAGAUCCCUCUGGAGACUGAGAGCCAAUCGUCUUUCCUUAAACCAGUACUGUACCAUGAAUGUAUUCAUCUCAGUCACAGAACGUCAAUGCCCCCUCUAGGUGGAGCUUAUUACUUCCAUGCUGAUUUGGCUUCGUUAGCAGUGUCUGCUCAGGUGAGACCUAGAGCAAAAAGAGCUGGGGAGAAAUGGAUCGUGGAGGUAGAGGUACCUGUCAAGGCAGAGCCCCGUGAGGAAGGAAGAGUUUUUCAAGGAACGCCUGGACCACAAUUCUUAGGGCGUGGCAGCCCUCAGCAUCACACACCUCAUCUAAAGGAGCACUUCCUGUUGCAGGAGCUCCUGCCUGCAUUAAGCCCACCCUUUCCUGCCUGCUUUCUCUUCCUCCAAGUGCCUCAACCUCUACCACGCUCACUCUCCUCCCUUCCCCUCGGCGCAUCUUGGUCUGAACGCCUUCUCACAGUCCAAACCAAACGUCACCAGCCACCUGCUGAUCGUCACCAGCAUUUACUUUUCCUAGUUACUUUUUCUCCAUUCAUUAAGAAUAUGAUUUGUCCCAGCUCCUCUCAAUCCCCCCACCGUCUAGCUAUAUUUUGGCUGACCUUUGCCCUAGACCCCCUGCCAGAUCUUACACAGCACCGCGUGUAAUCCCGCCAGUCCCAUACUGUUCUACCCUUUCCCAGCUGCCAAAAUAUCUUGCUCUCCUCUACCUCAUCCCCAAAGAGCCUAUAAACUCAGAGUAUCCAACCUUUUCAUGGAUUCACUCUCUGUUGUUCAGUAAUACUACUUCCAUAUUUUAAAUAAAUCAUAGAAGAUUUUUGCCUUCUAUCAAAGUAGGAAUCUUUAUAUUUAUACGUGAUACAGAAAUUGAGCUAUUUCUUACCAUGCAGAAUUUAGUGUUUAGCAGGAUUUUAAAAAUGAUUGCAUUGCCAUCCUAACCUGGAUCUAUAAUAGGUAAUAAGUACCUGCAUUAGUCCAAGGUAUUUGAAUGUAACGUUAAACUUCUCCAGCAAUCCAGAUCAAUCUGUAACCCAUCAGUGGAACAGGAAAUGUCUGGCGUAGGAAUGGGAGAUGUUUCAGACAUUUGUUUUAUCGGUGUCAUUUGGGCCCUGAAACAGAUUUCCAACAGGAGGACAUAUGAUAAAGGAUGUGUGGGUGGUCCCAUUAGAUCACAGAAGCCCAUUUCACGUAUAAUAUAGAUAAAAUACCACAAAGCUGGCUCCAUAAGUGUUUGCUCAAGCUUCUGUUGGUUAGACUAAGCUGCUAACCCCUAUUCCUACCCUGUUCUCAUUGGGGGAAAUGAGCUGUGGGGUGAGAAGGGAAUGCAUUGCCCUUGUGGUCCUUAGUCCCCUGGCUGCACGUCCGGUAUAGCCAGACAGUAUCAUUAAGGAACAGGAAAUGCACGGAAGGGGAAGAAGCGAGAGUUCUUCCUCUCUAGCCAGUGCCUGCUCAGUGGAGGGAUGUAGUUUCUAGAUGAACACAGUCAGGUUUCUGACAUGGGGCGUGUUUGUCCAUCAAUGGUUGUCUGACCUGAAGACAAACUCCACCCUGUUUGAAAGGACAGAGAAUCAUAGGCUACGGUGGUCUGCCGAUGGCCUUCACGCCCAGUCAUGAACUACUCCACCUGACAACCGAGUCUAGUACCUACCCUGAAGGGCCCAGGAAUGAAUAGAAUAGAUGCCUAAUCAAAAAAUGAGACUUGGAUAAUGGAGACUGAGAGGAUGGUUUUUUGUUAUGAAAUCAAAUGUCCUGAAAUGUUUGUUCUAGCUUUCAAUCAAUUACGACUGUACCACCAUGAAUUCCAGAAAUAUGGGGGUAGUUGGGGGAUGACUAUCUGAUUCUUUUCACUGCUUGUGGAAGUCUUUGAACCAAUGAAAUGCAUACUGUAAAAUAGCCUUUAGAACAAACACCCCAUUUUACAGCUCAUAGGACAACAUCAAAUGUUAGUCUAAAGAUGAUAAAUAUAAUCUGGGGUAUAUACAUUUGCUAAAACAGUCUAUUUUCUUGCACCCCUCAAUGUAACCUCUUUAAAAUGAAUGUAUAAUUUUUAACAGAAAGAAUAUCAAAGGGAGAGGGACUCCCUCGUCUUUAAUGCUAAAAUAGUGUUUUUGAGUCCUGAUUAACUAAGUAUAUGCAUUAUGAUACUUACUCAGUGAAACUGAUCAUACAUCUCUCUUGAAAAGAAUCAGUCUUUACAAACUGUCAGCAGACUCCCAGAUGUGAUCAGGAAGGAUCAAAAGGUAGGCUAAAGGAAAUGUGUCAGUUGGGUAGUCAAGAAGUUUCCUUUGUGACGUUUGAGUCUUUUCUCCUUUCUGAAUUUUGCUGGUUCUCUAAAAUAAAAGAUAAGAGUUCAAUGGUACCCUUGCUCAUCAAGGAAAGUGAUCCCAACUCUCUAUCGAAUGCAGAUAUUUCCUCUGCCUCCAUCCAUCUUCCCUGGACAGAAAAUAUGGUAUUUUUCCCCCUUCCUCUUUUCUCUUCACAUUUACUCUUUUCAACCCAAAAUAAGAUAGACACAGAAAGCAAACCACAAGCCGGUUUGGCAUCUUCUCCAAGCUCAUAGAAUAGUCAUAGCCACAUGCACGGUUGGAGCAAGGUUACAAAGAACCCUGUCAGGUCAACUUGGAACAUGGCCUUGCCACUUGGAUUAGCUCCUUCACACCUGAAAAUAACUUUCCUGGUCAUGGAAAAACUGGAUGUAUCCUUUAGCUUAUGAAAUAGGAUUUGAACUUGAAAUCUUUUUUUUUUUUUAAAUCCUGAUUUUGCAGGGCAGCUACAUCAUGAAUGUAUAUAUUAAGACUUCGUAGCUGAAUUGCACAUGAAAUCAGAUUGCCAACUUCUUAUCUUUCGAUUUUAGACAUCAUUUUAUCCUUAAGUUGUGAGUGAUAUAUGUAGCAUGCUGUGAAACGUCUGUUAGAGUUCUUUAAUUCAUCAGUAUUAAUACAGAAUUAUCUUUUGCGUUCCUCGGUACUUUUUAUUCAGUGUAAUCAGAAGCUGUGAUGUUUUGCCUUUGUAGUCCUGUGCUUUGUUACUGUAAUUUUUUUUUUAUACGAAGCACGUGACUUUGGACUAACGUGAGGCGGAUGACGUGAUCUUUAAGACUGCUAUAUUUAGAUCAGUCUCUUACUAUAUAAGGUUUUCCAUUAGAAUAAGCUUUUAUCAAAUAGAGCAUUGAUGCCAUUUAGGAUUCACACAGUUUUCAGUGUCAGAUGGUGGUCUUACAUUUAUAGUUGCAAUUCUGAAAAUAGCAAACUUGGUAAACAGCCACUUUAAACUUGUUCUGGCAAAUCUGACCCUGCUGUAGAUGUAGUCUGAAAAUAGUUAACCAUAUAAGCCUUUGCAACUAUUAUGCCCUCCACAUGAGUCAGCAGUUAAGGAGAUUAUAGAACCCAUGAAAGCUUUUUUGUAUGUAUAACUAGGUUUUAUUUUUCUUACGUUGCUGAUUUUACAACUCGGACUAAAGCUGACCGGAAUGGAUCGGUUUAUGUGUAAUAUUCUAGUGCUUUAAUGCCUCUCUCUCUCUCUCUCUUUUUUUUUUUUUGGAGGGAUGGGUAAUAUUAUUUGAACAGAUGCAGAAGGAACUGUUAGCGAGUCAAGGCAAACACAUUUGAAAUAAAGGAACUGUGUAUUAACAUGUUAACAAUUCAUAACUGCACUUUUUAUGACAUUUUGAAAAUCUAUUUAUAGGUACAGAACAAUGGGUUUUGUUAAACUGUAUCACAUUUAUACUUGCAGAAAUUUAUUUCAUUGUUAUUAGUAGGAAUUUUAUUGGUUCAAUAAAAUUGGCAAAACUGAA